AUGACCGUUGUUACAGCCACUCCCAUUGCCAUUCCCACUAAUUCUACUUCCCAAUGCUAUACGAUCGGCAGCAAUGCAUCAUCCUCAUCUUCAAAUACUACUACUUGCUCACCCAUGACCAAGAAGCGAAAACGUUCUUCCUCAUUGCACGUCCGUUUUUGCACUGAAGCUCCUCGAGUUGAAUACACUUACUCUCAAUCGGAUUACGAUCGAAGCGGCUUGUUUCCUACCAUCACCCCUGAUACCCAACCACCCUCUGUAUCAUCUCCAGCACCACCACCACAACAACAACAAUCCACCUCAAAGCCUAGUAUGAUUUUGGCUGUCUCUUUCAGCGUGGUGGCCCACAACGACGAAAAGAAAGGAGCUGAAGAAGUGAUCCCUCCUACCAAACGCAACAAGGCUCAACGUCGUCCUCGUCUUACUAUUGAUACCAGCAGCAUUCAUGGUCCUCUUUUCUUCACCAACAUGACUACCAACCACAAGAAACCCGCUGUCAUCGAAGACAAUGAAGAUGUAAUCGAUCAACAAACAUUGGAAAACACUAGACGUAACCGAUAA